UUCUCUGUCUCCGAAUAUCGAAAAGAUGAGCGGUGUUUCGUUGCCGCCUGGGUUUAGGUUCCAUCCCACUGAUGAGGAGCUUAUUGUUUAUUAUCUCAAGAACAAGAUUAAUGGACGCAAGAUUGAUUUGGAGAUCAUCCCUGAAGUUGAUCUCUACAAGUGCGAGCCUUGGGACUUGCCAGGAAGAUCCUUAUUACCUAGCAAAGAUAUGGAAUGGUACUUUUUCAGUCCUCGAGAUCGUAAGUACCCGAACGGUUCAAGGACUAAUCGAGCAACGAAAUCCGGGUAUUGGAAAGCCACCGGGAAGGACAGGAAAGUGAACUCGCAGACACGCGCUGUCGGGAUGAAGAAAACACUGGUUUACUAUCGAGGACGAGCACCGCAUGGUACUCGAACAAAUUGGGUCAUGCAUGAGUAUCGUCUCGACGAGAGAGAAUGUGAAUCGGCUUCCUUAGGGUUGCAGGAUGCUUAUGCUCUUUGCCGUGUGUUCAAGAAAACUGCAAUCAUCCCCAAGGUUGGUGGAGAGCAUUGCCAACAUGUUUCGAGUUCGAAUCAGAUCGGUUGUGAACAUUCAUCAAGCCUCGAAUUGUACUCCGAGGGCAGGUACGAAGAGAGUUCCGAUUUCACGAUACCGGUCGAUACACGUUCGCCGAGUAUUCUUGAUCGAUCAUCUAUCAACAUUUGCGAUGCCAACGAUGUUAAAUGGAUGCAAUACUUGUCCCAGGAUGCAUUUGAGUUACCGAACACAUCGUUUUCGAACUACGAAACCUCACCCUAUCAUCCAUCUAAGGUUGAUGUUGCACUAGAAUGUGCAAGGCUACAACAUCGAUUGGCAUUGCCUCCAUUAGAGGUGGAAGAUUACCCUCAAGGUGGACUGGUCACCAACUACAAGCCGAUGCCGACAGGUCAAAUGCGUGAAAGCCGACAUGAAACCGACAUACUGCAGGAGAUUCUUUCGGUUGCUCAUGUAUUUCAGGAACCGAUGAAUCCGAUCGCCAGCCAUGGAGAUGCUUGGGGAGCUAGUUCAAGCAACAAUGCCGAUGAUUUCACUUUUAUGACUGCCAAAGACAUGUACCAAAAUCAAAUGACCGAGAUGAAUUGUCCACAACACAUGCAUAGACCUUUGGAAGAAUCCAUUACAAGAUCAAUAGACAUAAGUGAUGAGAGAAUGAUUAAAAAUUUCAGAUGGGUUGGAAUGUCAAGCAAAGAUCUUGAGCAGUAUUGUUUUAUGGAAGAGAACAAGAUUGUUCCAAUUGAAAAUGUUUCGAGUUUUCGAAGAAACGAAGACAAUGGCCUUCAAGGAAAUGGACAUGAUUAUAACGGAAUCGAAUUCGAUGACACCGAAAUCAACAAUACUGGAAUCGAAGAUUUCACACGAGGAUUCAUCGAUGAUGACCCAAACGAUCAUUUUCUAGACGAGGGAACCAUGGACGAUCUCACGAGCUCGCCGAGCUUCGAGGUCGUUGAGGACAUCAAAGUUAACCACGGGAUGUUCGUUUCAACUCGGCAAGUUUCCAACACACUGUUCCACCACACGGUACCGUCACAAAUAGUCAAAGUUCAUCGGAAUGCGAUGACAGCAACCACCUUCCGAUUCAAUGAUGCAACAAUAACAACACACGAUGAAGGAAACCCUACUUUGGUCACAAAGUUGAAUGCAUUUGCCAAAGGGAAGUGCAUGGGAGUCAUGGCCUUCACAAACCAAUGCAAGAAAACCCUAAGUUCCUUCCUUUCAAUGCUUGUGCUUCUCUUAAUGCACAGCUCAUAUAUUAAGGAAGAAGAUGCCAUGAAUGACAAAAUGGGGGACGGGUUCAAUGCUUCAAAGGGAAUUAAGAGAGGGAAAUGCUUGCUGAUUAAGGCCAAGGGUAGUAGUUGGAAGAAAUUGGGAUUCUUUUUCACUAUCUCUUUAGUUUUGUGUACAUUGUUGUGCUAACUCAUCAUCUGCUGACCUCAAUUUGUGUAAUUUGUCAAAUGGAAAAGGUGAAAGCUUCCUUCUUCCAUGGUUGAACACAAGUUUAUCUUGAUUUCAUUUGUAUUGUUUUAGUACUGAUCAUAGGUUUACUUAUGAAUAAAUGC